AUGUUACACCCAGCGGAACUACCGACAAAAGCUGUCGUGGGCGUUACGAUAAACGGCACGACGAGCGCGAACAACUCAGAGAACCAUAUCUGCGAGGCACGAUCGGGCGUGUUACCUCCAUCACCGAUAAUCCAAUCUGUCCAAGCAUCUACCGUUGAUUUUGACCCCCAUCUUGGAGCAAAACCAUGCUCACCAUUUUACCGCCACAACGACAACGACUCCCUCGAAUACCUCAAGGACGAGGCGACCAUCUUGGCACAACGAUAUGGAUCCAAUGACCUGGAGAGCGGGCCAUCAAACACACCUCAUAAACGUUCGCUGGACAUCCACGGCGUGCGACAGUCGAAAUUGUGGAUGAAGAAGAAGAGGCGAUGCGACUGCCUCUCGUCAUUGACCAAAAGACAGCGCCUCGCCGUCAAACUUGUGAUUGCGUUUUUCAUCGUCGGCGCCAUGGUCGGCAUCGCGGUCGGCAUUACAGCUGCCGUGGGAGGCGGCGUAUGGAAAUCGCACGAUCAGCAAGGCACCAUCGGCGGCUAG